UACCUCAGUUAAUUUGAAGACCCUGUCAUCUUGUGUCUAUAUGAGUUACACUUAUGUGUACUGUGUAGUUUGUCUAUGUACUUCGUCUGUACGCAUGGAACUUUGUGUUUGCAGCUCAAGCUGGAGGUCAGAGUUAUGUUGGCAGUGUUGGCACAAUGCAUGUGCUGAAGUCUGUAUGUUUAAAGACCGAUGAUAAGAUGCGGGCCUUCGCGGAGCAGGUCUUUGCAUCUGAGACAAAAGAUGAGAACAUCCGUGAUGAGAUCUCCAUGUUUGAUGUGGCUGAUGAUUGUCCCAUCCUCCACCAUGAGAUGGCCCACCAUCUGCACACUGACGACGAUGUAGAGAAACGCAAGAAGAGGCAUGAGCGCUCCCGCACCAUGGCCCAAGGAGCUCCUGCAGCCAUUGAACACUGGGAAGUGGACACCCCCACCUACCUGGAAGUGCCUGAUUUCCAGAGAGUGGCCAUCAUCGGAGACUACGCCUCUGGGGUGACGAUGGAUGACUUCGAGCUGUCCUGCAAAGGUCUGUACCGCGCCCUGACCAUCAGGGAGAAGUACAUGAGGCUGGCCUUCCAGCGCUUCCCACGCACGGCCUCCAAGUACCUACGUGACAUCGACGGAGAGCCCUUCAAGCCUGACGAUCAGCUGCAGCCAGUAUUCACACCUCCUCCAAAGAAUGGCGAAGACCCCUUUGAUACCAAGAACCUGCCUAAGAACCUGGGCUACGUUGCCCGUAUGAAGGAUGGUGUCAUCUACGUGUACAACGACACGGCAGCUGCUGACAAACACCAGCCCAAAGACCUGCCCUGCCCCGACUACGCCACCUUCAUCGAUGACAUGAACUUCCUUAUUGCUCUUAUUGCGCAGGGCCCGACCAAGACUUACACUCACCGCCGUCUGAAGUUCCUCAUGUCCAAGUUCAAUGUGCAUGAGAUGCUGAACGAGAUGGAGGAGAUGAAGGAGCUGAAGAUGAACCCCCACAGGGACUUCUACAACUGCAGGAAGGUGGAUACCCACAUCCACGCUGCCGCCUGCAUGAACCAGAAGCACCUCCUGCGCUUCAUCAAGAAGUCUUACCGGGUGGAUGCCGACCGUGUUGUGCACAACCUGAAGGGCAAGGAGGUCACCAUGAAGGAGCUCUUUCAGUCCCUCAACCUGCAUCCCUACGAUCUCACCGUCGACUCCUUGGAUGUGCACGCUGGCAGACAAACCUUCCAGCGUUUCGAUAAGUUCAAUGCCAAGUACAACCCUGUUGGAGCCAGCGAGCUGCGUGACCUGUACCUGAAGACAGAGAACCACAUCAGUGGAGAGUACUUUGCCACCAUCAUCAAGGAAGUCGCCACCGACCUGGAGGAGGCCAAGUACCAGUAUGCAGAGCCUCGCCUGUCCAUCUACGGCUGCAACCCCAAUGAGUGGACCAAGCUCUCCAGCUGGUUUGUCAAGCACAGAGUCUUUUCCCCUAACCUCAAAUGGAUGAUUCAAGUACCUAGGAUCUAUGACAUCUUCAGAGGCAGAAACUUUGUGCCCCACUUCGGUAAGAUGCUGGAGAACAUCUUCCUGCCUGUGUACCAGGCCACCAUUGACCCACAGUCCAACCCUGAGCUCAGCAUCUUCCUCAAGCACGUGACAGGUUUCGACAGUGUGGACGAUGAGUCCAAACACAGUGGACACAUGUUCUCCACCAAGAGCCCCAAGCCAGAGGAGUGGGACAUUGUCAAGAACCCCUCCUACACCUACUACAUCUACUACAUGUACGCCAACAUCGCUAAGCUCAACCAGCUCCGCAGAGAGAGAGGCAUGAACACCUUCACGUUCAGGCCUCACUGUGGUGAGGCUGGUGCCGUCACCCAUCUGCUGGCCUGCUUCAUGACUGCUGACAACAUCUCUCAUGGCCUCAACCUCAAGAAGAGCCCUGUGCUGCAGUAUCUGUACUUCCUGUCCCAGUUGCCCAUCGCCAUGUCCCCUCUCAGCAACAACAGCCUGUUCCUGGAAUAUGCCAAGAACCCACUGCUGGAGUUCCACAAGAAAGGCUUGGUGGUUUCCCUGUCCACUGACGACCCCAUGCAGUUCCACUACACAAAGGAGCCCCUGAUGGAGGAGUAUGCCAUUGCAGCCCAGGUCUUCAAACUAAGUACCUGCGACAUGUGUGAGAUCUCCAGGAACAGUGUGCUGCAGAGCAGCCUGUCAGAUGAGGAAAAGGCUCAUUUCCUGGGUGCCAACUACCUGAAAGAGGGCCCAGAGGGCAAUGACAUCCGCAAGACCAACGUGGCUCAGAUCCGUAUGGCAUAUCGCCAUGAGACCCUGUGCUACGAGCUCAACCUCAUCAAGGAGGGCUUGAAGGCCGAGUAAAUGCACACAGAUUCAGCCCACACUUGGUCAAAAACUCUAGGUGUUCAUUUUUCAGGAUUUUUUUCAGGAAACUAAAAUUGUCUUCGGAUAUGCACUGGAUGAUAGCAGAACCUUAGUUUUUAUCUGCACUGUGCAUGCUAAUUUAAGUACCUUCAAACAAGUGAAUCAAGAGCCUUCGAAUGCACUGUUGUUCUCUCCUCUGGAUGUAGAUACUGUUGAUAAUUGUCCUCUAGUCACUGUGUAUUGUGUGCCAUAUGGAGGAACAGCAUG